UGUUACGUAAUAGCAUGCGAGCUCGCGUGACUUGAUAUAUCCAGCAGUUUGUUUUCUGAUUCCUCCGCCUCGUAUAGUGAUUAAAGUGCUGGAAGAAUAUUGCAGUAGUGGCACACCGGUCUCUAAACAAGGAGAAAAAGCAGUACAGCGUACAUUGUCCUUCUAACCAACACACAUCAACAACAACAUCAUCCAAAGAAGUCCCAUCAUGGGUCUGCCAAUAAUACUAGCCGUCGCUGUUACAAUUCUAGGCCUCUAUUAUUACUUCACCAAAGAGCAGAACCCGUUCGAGAAACACGGCUUGCCCUACAAACAAUCAAUUCCUCUACUGGGCAGCUCUUGGUCGGCCAUGCUCCACCUCAAACCAUUCGCAACGAUGGUCCAAGACAUCUACAACAUGGCAGCCGAGGCAAGAUACGUCGGUUUUUAUCAUCGGAUGGCGCCAGUCGUCAUGCUUCGGGAUCCAGAGCUUAUCAAAUCGGUGGCCAUCAAGAAUUUCGACCAUUUCCCCGAUCAUCGGACCUUCACGAGUGGAGAACCCGACCCCUUCUUCAGCAGCAAUCUAUUAUUACUUCGAGGCGACAGGUGGAAGGAAGUCAGGUCACUUCUGACCCCUGCUUUCACUUCUAGCAAGUUGAAGGCUAUGUUUGUCCUCAUGUCCGAGUGUGCCACGAACAUUGGACAGUUUCUCGCUAGCCUACCGGCUGAUCAAAGGACGAUCGAGAUGAAGGACGUCUUCACCAGGUACACCAACGACGUGUUCGCCAGCUGCGCUUUCGGCAUCAACGUGGACUCCAUGAUCGAUCGCGAGAACAAGUUCUAUGCGUAUGGUAGGGAGGCUUUGGACAUUCACAGCAUCGGAAUUCAUAAGAUCGUUAUGCUCUAUGUCUUCCCAAGGCUAGCUAAGCGGCUGGGUAUACGGUUCAUAAGGAAAGAGGUGUUGGAGUUCUUCGAAAGUGUCGUGUCAGCGAAUAUCGCUGCUCGAGACGAGACAGGUAUCUUUAGGCCUGAUUUGAUUCAAUUGAUGAUGGAGUCUAGGGGAAAACUGGGUCCUGGCAAGGAGUUGACGAUAGAAGACAUGACCUCUCAAGCUUUCGCUUUCUUCUUUGGUGGUUUCGAGACGACUUCGAGCUUGUUGUGUUUCGCUGUUCACGAGUUAGCAGUGAAUCGUGGGAUUCAAGAGAGAUUACAGAGGGAAAUAGACCAGGUGAUGUGUGAUUCUAAUGGAGAAGUCACUUAUGAAAUGGUUAAUGAGAUGAAAUAUCUGGAUGCUGUGGUUAACGAAGCGCUGAGGUUGUAUCCGGUUAUACCCAUCACUGACAGACAGUGCGUUAAAGAGAUCGAAUUACCUCCAGCCACGCCAGGGACGAAGCCUUUUCUCAUGAAAGAGGGUUCGUAUCUUUGGUUACCGAUUUACGCGAUUCAGAGAGAUCCUAAGUACUUCGAUCAGCCGGAGAAAUUCGAUCCUAGUCGAUUUUUGGAUAGACAGGGCAAUAUUCUUCAUUCUGGAGCGUAUCUGCCUUUUGGGAUGGGGCCGAGAAUUUGUAUCGGUUAUCGAUUCGCUCUUGUGGAAGCCAAAGUUGGCUUGUUUCAUAUCCUCGCCCGUUGCAAGCUGGACGUUUGUAGCGAAACACAGAUACCUAUGAAGUUGGGCAAAGCAGGAGCGUUCUUGAAGGCUGAAAAAGGAUUUUGGCUGCAGGUUCGACCGAGAAAUAAUCCAUUUACCUCGGUAGUUGCUUGAAUGGAAAUCCAACUGAUGGUCUCCUUGAUAUCUUCGAGAUAACAAAAUUCUUUUGAGGAGCCUUUUCUAAUUAAGUACCUUGGAACUGAUUGUUAUGCUAUGAAGUUUGUAGGUGUUCCUCGAUUGACUCAUUUUGUAUUUAUAAGGAUCUGAUAAGAUAAUAUUAUAUUUGUAAUUUUUUAAGGAAUAAUAAAAGAUUGAGAUCUUGGCUAUGUAGUGAAUUUAAUGAUAAAUUGAGUCGUUCGUUGCACAAAUCGAUUAAUUCCAUAAAACAAAAUGUUGACUAUACGAAGUGGUUUGACACUUAAAUUUAAGAUUUUUCAGAAAGCGGUGUUAAUCGAUUUGUGCAGUAAACGGGCCAAUUGUUAGUAGAAAAAUUAGUAGUCGGACUUUUAACAGCAACUAUAAGAGAUGCCGAUAAAUAGUAAAUAAAUUUAAGUUUUAGAUUCUCAUCUGAAGAUUGAUUAGAUUUUAAGCAAAAUCGCACAGAACUAAAUUUAUUCACACUUGCG